AUGUCUAACGGCGAGUAUUGCCCAAUCGGUAGUGAAUGCAGCAAUCCUGAAUACUGUGCUGAGGGAUCGAUUUUCGAACAGUCUAAUCAAGUGGGAGUUUGUCGGGCUUGCGGAUUGGAUGUGGUGAAGGAAGGGUGCUACUGCUCUAACGGCACGAGCUUGGUUUGUCCACCUGGAUAUUACUGUCCUGUGGGUGGUACGUCCGGUCCUAUUCCUUGUCCGAAGGGAUAUUUCUGUAAACAAGGCUUUGCAGAACCUGUAUCCUGCCCCUGGUAUUCCGAGUGUCCACGGGGAGCAACUAACCAGAUUCCUACUUGGGGAGCUAUCUUCAUUAUCGUGGUCAUCGGUGUCAUUGUUGGAGCAGUCACUGUCUGGAUUUGGUUCUAUCGCCGGCGAAAAGAGAGGACGGCCACUUCUCAAGGAGAAGCCCAUCAGCGAACGACGGAAAUCUACAAUAGUGUAGUCCAGGCUCUCACUGGAGUAUAUUUGCAGUCCCAGAGGAUGCAAGGAUUUACUAAUGAUAUCAAAUACACUCCUGUGGACAUUCGGUUUGAGCAUCUAUCGAUGACUCUCAAGUGGGGAACUCGAAGGGAGAUUCUCCAUGAUGUUACGGGUGAAUUUCCAGCAGGCUCACUAACGGCAGUGAUGGGACCCUCAGGAGGCGGUAAGACGACCUUCAUGAAUGCGUUGUCCAAUCGAGCGCCAUAUGGAGAUGUGACGGGGAAGGUUUGGGUUAAUGGUUUUGAAGGAAACUUCGGAGAGUAUCCAAAACAGGUUGGCUUUGUACCACAAGAUGAUAUUAUGUUUGACCGUCUCACUGUGUAUCAAAAUCUCUAUUAUUCUGCUAUGGUCCGCUUGCCNNNNCGCCUGGGAGGAGGGGAAUUUCUGGUGGUCAGAAAAAACGUGUUAAUAUAG